CCAUGGAUUUUCGAAACCUUAACAAUGGCGCUGGCGGAAACAAAUAUGUCUGUCCCAGCGACAGGCAAUUGGCAUUGAGAGCAAAACUUCGCACCGGUUGGAAUAGUUCCCAGGUCCAUGAACCCCUGCGACCCGAUGAACAGGCCGCAAUAAUUUCCGUCAUCAAACGCAAUGAAGAAUUAGAAAUUGCCGAACGCCAGCGUGUGGGACGCUUAGUCGAAAGAGUGGAACAAAUUAAAUCUCGUGCCGUGGAACGAGGUCCCAACUGUUGUCGUUUAUGCGGUGAUACGUUUGGUAUUCUGCGGGCCCAGCGUAUAAUCUGUGAGGAUUGUCGCAAAUCGGUGUGUCCCAAGUGCAGUUUGGACAUAAGUAUACGCUAUCAUACCACAGAGAAAGCAAAGGAGAUAUGGUUAUGCCGCAUUUGUUCGGAGACUCGAGAAAUGUGGAAGAAAACGGGAGCUUGGUUUUUCAAAGGUCUUCCAAAUUAUGAAGCGCCAAGUUCAACCACGUCUACACCCACCCGGAAUACGCCAGCCAUUGCGGAGGCCAAUGAAAUUUUGAUGACCCAACGUAAAGUUCAAAGUUGCCAAAGUACACCCACGCGCAAUGUACGUGUGAAAAAGUUGACCAUACGUGUUUGUGACAGCAGUUCGGAUGAAGAUGACAAAGAGAGUGGAGCUGUAGAUGUGGUGGAUAAUCCUUGUAGUAAUAUGAAUCAAAUGUCUGUAAAAGACUCUGACAAAUCUGGGGCUAAAAAUGGAACCAAAACCAGUCCCACUGUAAGUGAGGGCAAACUGCAAAGAGAUGAUAGUUUUCGCAUGCGCACAUUUGGUUCCAUACGCAGUUUCAUAGAUGGUUCCACGGGGGAACGUAAACUUUCGAAUGCUUUCUUCUUUAACAAUCGCUCGAACUCGCGUUCAGAGGCCACCACUACGCAACCGGAAUUUGACACCAUAUCGACUGCUUCCACAGUAUAUACCACAGCUUCCAUGGGUAAUGCCGCCAACAAUCGCCGAGAAAGCUCAAAUUAUUGCUCAAGUCAAAGACGCAGUUCUGUUUCCUCUUCCUGGUCGAUUAGUGAUAGUUCUUCGGGCAACUCGGCUACCACCGCCUCUAUGACCGCCGCUAAUCAAGCCAAUCAACAUUGCCGAGAUCCUUUGCUGGGCUGGCUGGAAGUGGCCAUAACCUACAGGGAAAACUUUCAUACUUUAGAUGCCACCGUGGUGAGAGCCCGUGAUUUGCCAACCAUGGAUACGUCGGGCUUGACCGAUCCCUAUUGCAAAUUGAAUAUAAUUACGGCCGAGGGUACGGCCAAAUACACCCGGUGGCAGAAGACAAGAUGUGUGCACAAGACUCGUAAUCCCGAAUUUAAUGAGACGCUACAGUUUGUGGGUGUCGAACCGGAAGAGCUGGGCAAUGCCUUGUUGUAUGUGGCCAUAUUCGAUGAGGAUAAAUAUGGUCAUGAUUUUUUGGGAGCAGCCAAGAUUGGUCUGUCAACGGUACACAAUACCCAUCAAUAUAGAAUCUCGGUACCCUUGGGCCCCGAAGAUCAAUACAGCAAUGCCGCUGAGAUGGCUCAAGAAUGGCCUCAUGGCAAAGUUUUGGUAUCCUUGUGCUACAAUACCAAAAAGCGAGCUUUGACGGUUAAUAUUAAGCAAUGCGUGAAUUUAAUACCCAUGGACAAUAAUGGCAGUUCAGAUCCAUUUGUUAAAUUACAAAUGAAACCCGAUUCACAUCGCAAUAAGAAAUACAAAACCAGUGUCAAAUGGCGAACUCUGAAUCCCAUUUACAAUGAGGAGUUCAAUUUCGAGGCCAGUCCCCAUGAUCUAAAUAAACAGUCUAUAAUUAUUACGGUAUGGGAUAAGGAUUUGGGCAAAAGUAAUGAUUUUUUGGGCAGCUUGAUAAUUGGUUUUAACAGCAAAGGCGAAAGACUACAACAGUGGCUGGAUUGCAUACGUUUGCCGGAUCAUUUUCAUGAAAAAUGGCAUUGUUUGGCGGGGGAUAAUCCUUUGCAUUAG